UAAGGGCCAAUUGUUCUGGGGGAGGUUUGUGAAGAAGCAGUUUCAAAAAUCAUGCCACAGAAGUCAGUGGAUAUUAAAAUUUAUUCAUACCAGGAUUUACAAAUAGAAGACAAAGAUCAACAGAGAGAACAUAUAUUCAAAGGGAAAAGAAACUUGCUAACCCUGGAGGGUCAUUAAAAUGACGUCUAACCACAUACACUGCUCUCUCCUUGAUACUUGGCCCCGUGGCACACAGUGAAACCUGGAAUAUAAACAAGCACUGAAGGAGUGGCCAGAUGCUUAUAGGACAAGAUCUGGCAUCAAGAGAAGAAGCAUAAAGUGAUGCCCAGCUCUGUUUCCCUGACAGUUGUUCAAUAGUAGAGUGCUAAUGAAGAAGACGUAGAGUACUAGAACAAGAAAUUGCUAGGUGCAGAGAACCCUUGCGUUCAAGAUGAGUCCACUUGAAGCUGCUGAACAGGUUACUCCCUUGAAGAUCUUUGGUACAUGCAAUGUUCACAUCCCUGAAGCAGAAGCUGAAUGUGAAGCACAGGAAAACAUCCAUGAUCUUCAUCUCUCCAUCCUCAGCCCAGUCGCUUUGUUGAUUUUGUCCAGUGGCCAACAUAACAGAAAUUAUUUACUACUGAGUAUAACAUGGCUACAGACUUUCUAUUACUGAGCCUCAGAAGAAGACACAGGACUCAGAUAGCCUAUUCUGGAUCACCUUGAGGAGAAUGUUAUUGGCGUGGCACAGCUUUCUGAUGCUGAGGUGUAAGACCAGCAUGGCUCAGAAGGCCUGGGCCAGUACACUGUUCCAGAACCGCAAAACCCAACUGUUGCUGGUCAACUCUCUAACGUUUGGAUUGGAAGUCUGCCUGGCUGCAGGCAUCACCUAUGUGCCACCACUGUUGUUGGAAGUGGGAGUGGAAGAGAAGUUCAUGACAAUGGUUCUGGGAAUUGGACCAGUUCUAGGCCUAGUUUUCGUGCCACUCAUUGGCUCUGCCAGCGAUCACUGGCAUAGUAGCUAUGGCCGGCGACGGCCUUUCAUCUGGGUCCUGUGUUUGGGCGUGCUCCUGAGCCUUCUGAUCAUUCCUCAUGCUCAUCGUCUGGCCAGCCUUAUUACCCUGGAUACCCACUCUUUGGAGUUAACCUUCCUCAUCAUGGGAAUUGGCCUGCUUGACUUUUGUGGCCAGGUCUGCUUCACUCCCUUGGAGGCCCUUCUCUCUGACCUCUUCCAGGAGCCAGAUAAUUGUCGCCAGGCUUUUUCUAUGUACUCCUUCAUGGUUAGUCUAGGAGGCUGCAUUGGGUACCUUCUACCAGCCAUUGACUGGGACAGUAGCUUCUUGGCUCCUUACCUGGGAGGACAGGAGGAAUGCCUCUUCAGCCUCCUCACCAUCAUCUUUCUUGGUUGUGUCUUGGCUACUGCAUUUGUGACAGAGGAGGUGGCUGCUCAGGUAGAAGUUCUCACAGGCCCUGCAAUGAAGGAUUCCUCCAAAUCCCCAUCCCUUACCUGCUGCUCUUUUUGGCUUCCACAGAACCUUUUGAGGACCAGGCAUCUGGUCCAGGCCUUUAGGAACCUUUGUGCCUUGGCCCCACGCCUGCACGGAGUAUGCUGCCGCAUCCCCAAGGUAAUCCGGCAGCUUUUUGUUGCUGAGUUGUGCAGCUGGAUGGCCCUCAUGACAUUCAUGCUGUUUUACACUGACUUUGUUGGGGAAGGACUAUACCAGGGAGUUCCCAGAGCUGAACCAGGUACAGAGGCCAGACGACAUUAUGAUGAAGGAAUUCGUAUGGGAAGCCUUGGCCUUUUUCUCCAGUGUAUUAUCUCCAUUUUUUUCUCAACAAUCAUGGACCGGAUGGUGAAACAGUUUGGGACUCGAAUGGUCUACCUAGCCAGCGUGGCUUUAUUUCCACUGACUGCCUUCAUCAUGUGCUUCUCUCAGAGUAUUAUUAUAGUCACUGUUUCUGCCGCCUUGACAGGCUUCCCUUUUUCAGUGCUGCAGAUCCUACCAUACACAUUGGCUUCACUCUAUCAUCAUGAAAAACAGAUAUAUUUGCCUAAGUAUAAAAGCAAAGAAGAAGAUGCAGCUCAACUAGACAAGAAGCACAGCUUCCUCAAAACCCAUAUUUCUGGCCAGAAAAUGACCUAUCAAAAUGGACACAGCGGAAGCCUCUUCUCUACCCCUGUUGCUGGUUCUUCCCUCUGCGUUGGCUCACCCUGUGAAGUCCCUCUCAUGAUGAUGGUGGGAGACUCAGACACCACAGCGACAAGCCGAGGCAUAUGUUCAGACUUGGCCAUCUUGGACAGUGCAUUCCUCCUUUCACAGGUCAUCCCAUCCCUCCUCAUGGGUUCGCUUGUUCAGUUCACACAGUCUGUCACUGCAUAUAUGGCGUCUGCUACUGGGUUUGGCUUGGUGGCCAUUUACUUUGCAACCAAAGUUACCUUUGACAAAAGUGACAUGGCUAAAUAUUCACUAUAGGAGGAGGAAGACUGUUGAUCAGAAUCCACCCAACUUGAAAAGGGAUCAUGGAAAAGACUCAGUUGUACACAGACUGUUUCUUCCUUCCUUCCAGGUUGUGUUGCUAUGAGACGUGCAGAAACCUUGGCUGUAGGAAAACAAAACAAAAGGAAAAUGCUGGGUUGAUCUCAGGGUAUCUAAUGAAAGGGAGUCUAGUAUCAUGUUGUCUGUUUCUCUGUGAUGCCUUCAUCUAAGUGUCUAGGCACAGAAGCCUAUAAAAACAAGCUUGUGGGCUUAAAAAGUAAAGGGCAAAUCUUUGUAUAACAAAAAACUACUGUUAAAGAUUGGGAAAUUACUUCUGUGGGCAGCUCCCAGGAAUUAUUAGGGCUGUUGUUUGAAAAGGUAACUUUCCCAAGCUCUGACUACUAUGAUAGCUUUGUGAAAUUGUAUGGGAGUUGGUAAAACAGGGCAGAAGUGGCCAAAGAUAGUUCAACAUUCUCAUUAAUCUCACUUCUUUGCUGUAUGUUUUAAAACACUGCUGUUAGUUGACUGGUCUCCAGAUUGUGCUACAGGUAAAGAUACUCCUAUAGUGUAUUUUUUCCUGUCUUGGUGUGAACCAGAAGAUACAUGGGAGAGAGGCUAUAAAUUGGCACAUCUAAAAGGGGAUAGGAAUAAUCCACUCCCUUUACCCAUUCCAUAUGCCUUGUAGGUCAAGAUCAAGGUGAUAUAAACAAGGACUGGGGGGGAGGGCUGAGGAUACUGUGGUUGAACUGGCAGCAACUCUGCAAUGGCCUGACGGAAAUGAAAAACUUGGUCAUCAUCUGAUACUUCUCCCCCAUCUAUGACCUAAACAAAGUUUGCAGUGAGUGCAAACAGAGAGGCUCACGUAAACAUCAGCCAAAGAACACACCCUUUUGGAAGACUUGGUCUCAGUGACAGACUGGCACAAACAAACCACAGUGCCUUUCACUGUGUGCAGUCCUAAAAAGGAGGCUUAGUGUACCAGCAUGGUAAAAAAAAAAAAAUCCUUGUGUAUAUGCUGCCUUUCCUGCUAAGGAUGCAAUGUGGCUUGCCUCCCUGUACUAAAGGGCUCCAUAGAAAAAACAUCCAUGUUUCAAAAUACCAUCAAGCUGAAUUUUUCCAGUGUAUGAUCCAGUCAUUCUGCCACCCAGAUUGAGCGGAGGUGCUCCCUCUGCCAGGCAAACUUUGCAAAUGACUCGUUUCAAAAUCUUUGUGCUGUUGUGUUUUUUUUAGCAUUAAAAAAAACCUAUGAAGCAGUUAGAACAAGCAAUAUAGCUUACAGCUAUUCACUGUGCACCAGGCAGUGCAGAUGUUUCUAGCCAUGAGCAAAACAACUCUCAGCAAGGGAAGCUCAGGAUACACAGGCUUUUUGGACUAGAAGGGCCCUUGAAGGCCAAACUCAACCCUGUUUACAAAAAGUAUGAUUAUCUGUAUACAGUGAAGCCUUAUCUUACAUGGGGGAACCGUUCUGGACCCCCCCCCUGCAUGUAUGCUCCAGCCCCAUUCAAUAUAAUGGGGCUUGGGCGCAGUGACGCCAUUCACUGUAUUGCCAUGCGGCUUCAGCAUAAGCUGAAAGCCACAUAUAGUGCACCCGUGUGUGGUGCAGGUGCACUGUAUUAAGUUCUAAGUUGGAAAUGGAAAAGUUAGCAAUGGAAAAGUUUUGCUUUGGUAGUACCUAGUUCAGGGCCAAGCUAGUGGGCGACAUUAGUGAUAUGCAAACACAAUAGCCAUGAAAAAGUCUGCAGCCUAUAGAUUAGGGGUGGGAAUCAUGCUACCCUCCAGAUGCUGAACUGCAAUUCCUGGUAGCCCUAGCGUACAUCAACAAUGAUCAAGAAUUUCAGUUCAACAAUAUCUAGAAAACUGCACAGUUCCCACCCCUACUCUGAACUUGGGGAGAUGAGGAGGAUUUUUUUUUAUCCUUUUCCCCCUUAUAUGCUGCCUAUAAAAACUGCCUUGCAAAAAAUACUAUUUGCAUUGUUGCAUUGUUGUCAUUACAGAAGUAUGGAAUCUGUCGCUAUUUUCAGAAGCCUCAGACAGGUAUUCUGGCUGGGGCUUUGGGAAGCUAAAGUACAGAAUACCAGUACUUCACCACUGCAGUCCUAGGUUCCCUUGAAUUGCAAAUGGCAACUUUCCAGAAGCAGUUUUUGUUGGGACAUGCAUGCCAGCGUGGCAAAGAGUAAACAUUAAUUCUCUCCACCCUGUCUUUGCUUGGGCUUUCUUGUAGUGGCUAUUGACAUAACAAAACAUAACAGCUUGGAAAGGUUAGCUUUUUUAUUUAUAAUUCCAAGAAACUCCCAGCCAAGUUCUAUAAAACACACACAUUAGCAUGAUUAAUGUCACAUCUAUUUUGGCCCUCAGAUCAAUUAUCAGUGUCAGCUUCCAAUCUGGACCUUUCACACUUUGAGCCAUGAGGUAAUUAUAUAGAUAACCACUCAGUAGACUUAUAGCUUGUUGCCCAAAUGGUCUGGAUGUCCCCCCCCCCUCCCUACACCUGAUGAGGGAAAGCUCCUUCCUAUCCUUGGUUUUGUCCACAAGCAGCCUGUAGGGAUAUGAAAACCACUCAGUCUGAAUUAGUUUCAGCCAAAUAUAGUUUGCUGCCUGAGGUGAAGGACAAAAUGGUACCUUCUAUCCUUAGAUAGAAACUGGCUGUACUGUACUUUAGUAUUGGCAUAAUAUCCUAGGGCAGCAGGCUACCUUAUGAAGUGAGCCCAAGUUGUAUAAUACAGAUAUCACUGUAUUAUACAACCUCAAUAACAGCUUGGGGACUACUGCCCUCACCAUUUGCCUUGUGAGAUGGUUGUUUCUCUUUUUAAUAUGAUGUUUAAAGUCAAAGCUUUGUAAAGGAGGGGGAAAAAAUCUACCAAGUCCUCUUAAGGAAUUAUUGCUUUACUUUUUGCCACAUGUUCAUGCCAUAUGACUAUACAAGCACCAUCUUUGAUGUGUUAGAGGGUGGGUGGGUGGAUGGGAUGUAAUAUAGAAUUUGGAAAGAGAACAGAUGUACCCACUGUAAGAGAUCUUACUGUGGUAGUCUUUCCAAUUUUGUGGUUAGCUGAGAGGAGUUUGGUACUCUAAAAGUAAAGUUACAGGCCAUAAAUAGGAGCAAAAAGAUCUGAGAAGAGCAGGGAAUUGACAAAAACUGCUGGUGAGCCAUAGUUUCCCAAUUUCAGAUCUUGAAUGGGAGAGGGAACAAACCACAGGGGGAACAACAAUAUAAAAGCACAAUAAAGAGUACAUUGCCAUAAACCAGCCUUCCUCAGCCUAGUAUCCUCCUGGGGUUUGGGACUACAAUUUCCAUAACCCCUGGUCAUUGACCAUGCUGAUGAGGGCUGAUGGGAAGCUACUUUUUGGACUAUGGAUACAUCUACAUUGUAGAACAAAUGCAGUUUGACACCAUUUUAAGUGCUUCAUUGUAUGGAAUCCUGGGAUUUGUAGUUUAGGAAAGAUUUAGCCUUCUC